AUGCUGGACACAUCACGCGUGAAGAGACUACAUGGAGACUGGGAGGCGGCAUCCAGGCUGAGCCACAGCGCGUUGCUAUUGCUAUCGGAGGCUUCGCCACGAUACUCUAUACCCCGUGUCCGAUUCGACAUCAACAACGUCACGGACGACACCUGCCUGCUGUUCUACCGCUUCACCCAACGCCAUCUACGCCGUUUACAAGCUUCAUUUCAGCUGCCGGACGUCAUUCGCACGGGCGCGAGCUCUCGUACACUUUGCUACCCAACGCGAUGGAUGGAGAUGUCAGGUAUUUACGACCGGUGGCCCAGCGCUCUAAGUAGUAUUUUCUACUUUGUGAUCGAUUUUAUUAGCGAGAGAUGCAGCAGGUUGCUCAAGGGGAAUUAG